UUUUGAUAAAUAUUUUUCCCUCGUGAUAAAUUUUUCUUUAAUUUGCCAUCAAUUGGUAUAAUGCCCUCGCGUCUUUUGCUCUCUUCAUCACUGUCCUCAUUUAGACUUUUUGUGCAUUAUUUAAUCCUAUAAAAAGAUGGGUCUUCCUUUGGACUUGUGUUUUGCUGCCUCUAGAAGCUCUUGAAGCCGCGAAUUCCCUUCUGGGUCUGUUGAUGAUUCCUAGCCAUUCGGGUUUGGGCCACCAGAUACUUUUGCUGCUAAAGAUUCUGCCUUUGCUUCUCUCAGCUUCUAGUUUAGCUUCUUGUUUGAUAACCAUUGUUGCUCUGCAGGCAAAGACCCUGGUCUAUUGUUCUGCUUUUGCACCAUAAACAAAUUAAUUAAUUAAUUAAUUAAUUAAUUAAAAUUACAACUGUUUAUAAGAACUAGGAAACAGAGCCGUUUUAGUUUCCAAUAAAAUCGGAUAGAACCAGAGGUUCGUUAAACGGAUAACACUGCCUCUCCCCGCAAUGGCAAUGUGUUCCUUGCACUUCAGCAACACCCAUAUAAGAGGAUGGAGGCCCUUUAGACACAAGAAACACAAAUUCAACUUUUCUGAAACGUUCAUGUGUCCAACAAGAGGAAAUCCAAGUGAGGGCCAUCAAGUGUCACGGUCUAGCAUGCAUUGCUCUGCAGUCAACAAGGAACUGCUUUCAACAUGUGCAAACAUUUCAGAUUUGCCAUUAAGCGUUGUUGAGGAUGUAAGAUGUAUCAAUCUCAAUGUUGUGGAAGCAUCCGAAGCUACCUCAAAGUUCAUUCAGAGUUUUACACUGGCAGAUUUAGACCCUGCCACGGCAAAGCUAUUAAUUGGUUUUUUGGGGCCAUUUCUCUCAGCAUUUGGCUUUCUAUUUAUUUUGAGAAUAGUAAUGUCCUGGUACCCAAAGCUUCCUGUCGGGAAAUUUCCAUAUGUCAUAGCUUAUGCUCCCACAGAACCAAUUCUCAUUCCAACCCGGAAGGUGAUUCCACCUGUUGGAGGAGUGGAUGUGACUCCUGUGGUCUGGUUUGGAUUGAUAAGUUUCCUAAAUGAAAUACUGGUUGGCCCUCAAGGACUUCUGGUUCUUCUUUCUCAACAGGUUAACUGAUUUUCUUACUUCGUGAGGAGGCAGAAUUACAUUGAUCAAUUUGUUAUGUGAGACUUCAUGGUUGUAAAUGUAAACAUGUGAGGACUGAUUUCAUUAUUUAACCAUCAGAUAUUGAUGGUUCUUAACUGCAUAAACAUCAACAAUUAGAAUAUUUGAAAAAUAUUUCUUCAUAUAUAUAU